CUUUGUUGAAAUCGUGAAUUUCUGUUUGUUAUUGUGAUCUAAUACGAUCAUGUUUAAUUAUUUCAAUUGAAUACUAUAAAAACAAAUCACUUCACAGAUAAUUGUUUCUCUUAAUCGAGUUCGUUGCAAUAUUAUUGUCGGGACUAACUUUUAGUGGUAACCUACAAAAAUUGUGUACAAUGCCGACGGACGAUUGAGAGCUGAUUAGAAAAUUUAAUCCAGUAUUUGUGACCAUGGAACCACAAAAGAACUCGGUAUCCUUGAGAAAUACUCUAAGGGUUGAUUGCGAUAGUGAAAAAACAAGAAAUUAUAAGGAUACGCCAAAGCAACGAGGCACCAACGAUAAUUCUGGAAAUGUGUUUACAUCAACGUCUCAUGAAAUUGAAGCUAAUUUAGUCACUCAAAACGGACCUUGCCCAAGAAAUCUAAAUACUACUAACAAUGAAACCUCGCCAUCGUCACACAAAUCUAAUGAUGAUAAUACAGAAUGCAAUAAAAAUUUUAGCUCAAUUCAUAAUAACAAAGAGAACAAUUGUAAUAGUGAACUACUAGCAAUUGAAGGUACCAGUAAAUCAGAAAACAAUAUCUUUGAUAAUAACAAAGAUUUACAGUCAUGUCAAAAACACAAAUUGUUCUUAGACAGGGUUGGCAACAGUACCUGUAACAUGCCUUCAACUAGUGGAACUAUUAAAGCUUAUGAUAAUGCAGAUGGUAAUGGUUCAAGAGAACAGAACAAUCGAAAAAGACCUUCAUCAUUGAAAUUAAAUAAAAGUCCUUUGGAUGUUGAUGACAGUUCUAGUGACACCGGUAACGAUGACUACUCUUUAGGAUCAGAAGAUGGCUGUAUUUACACUUAUAGAGGUGGUGAGCAUCUUGCAGAUUUGCCAAGCUCAUUUUUCAGCCUUGACAUGGGGCUGCCUUUAGAUAAACAUCUUCCUCAUGCACCUAACUAUCCUGGACAACAACAGGGAGCAGCAAAUGCAAGAGAAAACAAUUCUGGUGCAUCCAGCCCUGACAUGGACUUCUUAGAGAUGGACUUUGAUCCAGGGCCUUCAUGUGAGGCUGACACGGGUGAUGAAUCUAGCCCUGAUGGUGAUUUAGAAGAAGUUAUUAAUAUGCCUGAAGAGAAUGAACCUGUUGUGAGAGGAACUUCACCAGAAUAUAUGGCAGCUGUCAAAUAUAACCCUUUAGUUUGUAUGCCUACAACUUCAACUGUUAAUUAUACAGACUCUUAUUGCUGUAGUGUGCCAUCAACUAGUCAUAAUGUAUCAUCAGAGGAUCAAGAUGCUAAAGAUGAUUCUGAAGUUGAUCAUACAUUUGGACCAUUAAUUACUCAUAUAAACGUGAAAGGUGAACAAUUGCUUGUUCGUAGAACAAUGUCUAAUCAUCCUAUCAUCCCUAGUGGUUCGAACCUACAUGUUUCAAAUGGCGAUCUGGUAUCACCUCGAGAAAUUUUAAAUUAUGAUGAAGAUCACACGGAAGGUCCAUUUGCACAUCAAAUAAACCAAGGAGAAAGGCCAACUUUUGAUUCAAGCAAUUUGUCAUCAGCUUUUUAUCAUCUCACUAUGGCAAAAAAACUUGUUGAAAAUGCUACAUCAAUUUCGGAUCCUCAUGCUACUGAUUUGACGAGUGAUCCUGAUUCAAGCAGCGCAGAAGACUCUCAUUGCUCACUACCACCUCGUUGCAUGGUGUGGUCAGAAAGAGAAGCUUGUGAGCGGCAAGUAACACAAAUUGGUACCUCUGCCUGUGGUGCAACUGCUGUUGUUAAUGUAUUUAUUGCAUUAGGGUUACCAGUCAAUAUUCAAAAAAUAAAUUCUUCUGUUGGCACAAGACUGAGAGCAAAUAAUGCACCGUUACCUAGGUAUCUACUGUCACGCGCUGUUGCCGGAUGUACAGCAGGGGAUAUCGUCACAGGUAUUCAGAGAGCAUCCGAUGGGCUGGUCACCGCUAGGUUCUUCCCGACGUACCCUGAAAGGGCUAUGUCGCUCUCACACUGGCUCGCCGACUGGAUUUCUUUAGGUGCCGUACCUAUUGUCACACUAAAUCUCCAAGUGGGUUGCGAUGGCGAAAUACCAGAUGCGUGGCAUCACCAAAUGGUUUUUGGAGUAUCCCACAGAGGGAUUUAUCUAUGUAAUCCUGUCGAGUGCGUUCGAGAGUCGACUUUAUGGCCCCGACUUACUUCUCCUUCAGUGUUACUAGUGCGAACCAGAGAUGUACUGACAAGAUUCACGUCGAAUACGGACUUGUCUCCACUGAUGAUGGUGCCCGAUCAACGCUUCCACACUUUCAAUGUUCUGGAAGCCACUCGCAUAAGGCUCGACAUGGUACUGGGUCUAGGUCAUGGAGCUGCUGAACCGGCUGAAAGUGGUACGGAUGGAGUCCGGCUGUAUUAA